AUGCGACGAUUGCAGACGCUUCAGACGACAACAACAUUGCUUCUUAUCGUGAUCGCCAGAGUGGUCAACCCAAGAGUUGAUCGUGAGUUUUGGGUUAUUCCUAGACCAGGAGUUGGAUGGUUUGAAGUUAUACUUCAAGACGAGCAUGAAUCCCGAUAUUGGAAGGAGCAUUUUCGCAUGCAGAAACCCACAUUCUUGCCACUUAUGGAAAUAGUCCAGCCGGAAAUUUACAAGAGAAACACUGUUUUUCGAGAUGCCAUUUCUCCUGCGAAACGAGUGGCUAUUGCUCUAUGGCGUCUGGCUGGAGGUGCAAGUUUUCGAACAAUCGCCACCCAUUUCGAUGUUGGAAAAUCAACAUGCGUGACAAUCACAAAAGAAUUUUGCAAAGCAUUAAAUCGUUUGGUAGGCAAUUACAUUAAAUUUCCAAGCAAUCGCGAUGAAACAGCCAAAGCAAUAGCACUUUUUCAGGAUGACUGCAAAAUUCCACAAGCUGUUGGAGCUAUUGAUGGUAUGCACAUUGAAAUCAUCGCACCCGACGAACCGUUUGAUUAUUUUGACCGUCAUCACCGUUACAGUGUAACAAUGCAAGCUGUGGUUGGGAAAAUCUAA